AUGAGAAAGUCUCCUCGUCACCGCUAUAUCGAGAUAGGGAAGAAGGGCCAGCGACACAUGAUGCUGGUCAUGGAGGACGUUCCGAGGCGAGUAAAAAUCAAGAAGAGACCAUCCAACCAGUGGAAGGACAAUCCUACGAUCGUCGUAGAGGAGAGCUCCGAUCCAGACGAGCAAGGAGGCUCCAAACGUGAAGGUGGCGAUUUCAUUUUCGACGAUCAAAACCGUGACGACGAUCAGGCUUCUGACCAGGACGGUGACGACGCUUCGGACAAGUCCCAAUCCGACGUCGACGACAAGGACAAGGACGACGACAAAGCAGAUGAAGAUCGAUUCUAUCCAAAAUCAGCCAUGAAAAAAGAUACCGCUCUCAAAGACGGCGACAUCGACAGCGAGAAGUACGCCGCCGCCGAUGGAGAAGGUGAAUCGCUGAUUAGUUUGGAGGAACAUCUUCUUCUCAUGGAAAGUCGACUUAUCGAGGACAUUUCUACGAUCGUGCGCGAGGAGCUCGCCGAAUUCAAAAGAUUAUUUCUGGUCACGCCUCCCGAGAGUCCAGAACCCGAAGAACCUGUCGGUGAAGAUUUCGGAGAAAUGUUCAAAAGUUUCGCCAGAGUCGGCGAUUCCAAAGGAGCUGGCGAUCUCAUCACCCUCUCCAACUCGGACCGUUGGUGGAAGCAAGCGAAAGUCAUCGACGGUCGACGGAUUUCCACAACUGACACUGGCAUAUACUUCCGCAAAAUCGCCAAAACCAAACGGACUCUGACUUUCCGCGAGUAUCAACUUUUCGUCGAAGGUAUAGCGAAGUCUAAGAAGAUCCCCGUUGAAGAAAUUCGUUUCAAGCUGUGCAACUGCGGACCUCCGACUGUCGGAGGACGGUUCCAACUGGACGACGCUUUCGGCGCUCGCAAGGUUCGUAUGCGUGAAUGA